AUGGCGAUCGCCAUCGCCGCCGCCUUGCUGUGCCUCUUGUCGCUGCUCGCCGUGCACGCUGCCGGCGGCGCGAUGGAGGCCUGCCUCGCGGCCGCCGGUGUGCGGAACGUGACGGCGCGCGGGGCGGCCGCGUACGACGCCGCGCUGCGCGUGCCGGCGCAGAACCUCAGGUUCGUCGACGCGGGCGACGGCGUGGCGAGGCCGGCGGCCGUGGUCGUGCCGGCGUCCAGGGAGGAGCUGCGCGACGCCGUGCGGUGCGCGCGUGUGGCGGGGCUGGCGGUGCGGCUCCGGAGCGGCGGGCAUAGCUACGAGGGGCUGUCGUACACCGGGGAGGUGGACGGGGGGUUCGUCGUCGUCGACCUCCUGGCGCUCGACCGCGUCCGCGUCGACGCCGCCUCGCGCACGGCGUGGGCGGAGUCCGGCGCCACGCUCGGGCAGGUGUACCACGCCGUCGCCGCGGCGAGCCCGCGCCUGGCGUUCUCGGCCGGGUCGUGCCCCACCGUCGGCUCCGGCGGCCACAUCGCCGGCGGCGGGUUCGGCCUGCUGUCGCGCAAGUACGGCCUCGCCGGCGAUAAUGUCAUCGACGCCGUGCUGAUCGCCGCCGACGGCAGGGUUCUCGACCGCGCCGGCAUGGGCGAGGACGUGUUCUGGGCGAUCCGCGGCGGCGGCGGCGGCACGUGGGGCGCCGUCUACUCGUGGCGCCUCCAGCUCAGCCCGGUGCCGGAGCGCGUCACGGCGUUCAUCGUCAACCGCCCCGGCACCGUCGAGUCUGUCGCCCAGCUCGUCGCCGCGUGGCAGCACGUGGCGCCAUGGCUUCCCGACGAGUUCUACCUCUCGGCGUUCGUCGGAGCCGGCUUGCCGGAGCUGAACCGGACCGGCAUCUCGGUCACGUUCAAAGGGCUGUACCUUGGGCCGAGACACGAAGCUGUCGAGAUACUGAUCGCGAGGUUGCCUGAAAUCGGGCUAUCGGAUCUAAACCCGAUAGAGAUGAGUUGGAUCGAAUCAGUCGUCUUCUUCUCGGGUUUGCCUCAAGGGAGCACCCUAUCUGAUCUUAUGGACAGGGUGCUCCACAAGAAGAACUACUUUAAGGCCAAAUCAGACUACGUGCGUCGUCCGAUACGGAUCGAUGAACUAAUCAGAGCUAUCAAUCUCUUAUCAGUGGAGCCUAAAGCGUAUGUUAUCUUGGAUCCGUAUGGCGGGGUGAUGGAUCGAAUCGGGUCCAUGGAUCUACCAUUUCCACAUAGAAAAGGUAAUCUUCAUGGUAUCCAAUACAUGAUUGAAUGGACGACACAUGAUGAUGACCACAGAGAGGAGUAUAUGAAUUGGUUGUGUCGAUUUUAUGAGUUCAUGGAAUCAUAUGUAGCGAAUAGCCCACGCACCGCGUACAUAAACUACAUGGAUCUCGACCUAGGCAUGAACAACUGGUCCAAUCUCCAGAUGUUUGGUAGCCACGAAAGCCCUAACCCAGAAGUCGAGGCAGCAAGGGCUUGGGGUGAGAGAUACUUCUUAGGAAACUAUGAUCGAUUGGUGCAUGCCAAGACAGCCAUUGAUCCGGAGAAUGUGUUCCGUAACGCACAGAGUAUCCCGCCGCUUGGGAGCCCGAGGAUGACUAGGACUCCACGUGGCAUCUCACCCAAGGUCACAUGCAAUGACACGCUUUAUGAUAGCUAGGAAGGAAACAUACACUCAUGCAUUGACAAAAUAUGCUCGUGUGGCAGUGUUUUUAAUUAAUUUUUGAUUUUGAUUUUUGGCAUGUUGCUUUCGUAUGGUGCCGCCCAAAAGGACGAGCCGUGUUUGUUUUGGGUACAAAUGGUGAUUUGGAUUGGUAGAGAUAGGAGAAAACGAGAGGCUGCAUUGUUAUUUGGUUUUUGCCUCCAUUGGUGAAAUGAUCACGGUCAUAUCAAAUGAUUAAGAAAUGGAACAAUGAUAAGC